AUGUGUAGGUCACUGCGCUACUGUGUGAGUCAUUGUCUCUACGCAGCAAUGACAAGGCUAGAGGAAGCAAACAGAGAAGUGAACAUGCAUUCAUCAGUCAGAUACCUUGGCUAUCUCGCCAGAAUCAACCUGCUGGUUGCCAUUUGCAUGGGCCUUUAUGUCAGAUGGGAAAAAACUGCGGAUGCGCUGAUUUUGGUAAUAUUUAUUCUGGGGCUCUUUAUUCUUGGAAUUGCCAGCAUACUGUACUACUAUUUUUCAAUGGAAAAAGCCAGCUUGAGUCUCUCCAAUCUUUGGUUUGGUUUUCUGCUUGGCCUUCUCUGUUUUCUUAAUAAUUCUGCCUUCAAAACAGACAUGAAAGAAGAAGCUACUAAAUAUUUGCUCCUCUCUGCCAUUGUCUUAAGGAUAUUAUGUGCUUUGGUUGAGAGGAUUUGUGGUUGUAUCCAUCAUCGACCGACUUUGCUGACAACAGUUGAAUUUUUGGAGCUAGUUGGAUUUGCAAUUGCCAGCACAACUAUGCUGGUCAAAAAAUCUGUGAGUAUUAUUCUGUUGGUCAUUGCUUUGGCCAUGUUGAUUAUUGACUUACGUAUGAAGUCUUUUUUGGCAAUUCCAAAUUUGGCCAUUUUUGGAGCCAUUGCAUCCUUACUCUUUUUUCCAUCGCUGGAAAUCCCCACGAACCCCUUUGCCUUGGCGUGUUUCUUCAGCUGCUUGAUUUCAGAUCCCCUUCUCGACGUUUACUUCAGUGGACUUUCAGUUACUGAACGGUGGAAGCCCUACUUGUUCCGUGGUAAAAUCUGCAGGAGGUUUUCUGUCAUCUCCGUUGGAGUCAUUGAACUGAUUUUUUUCAUUCUUGCAGCUUUUAAACUGCGUGAUUUGGAUCUUUGGUAUUUUGUGAUACCCGGGUUUUCUAUUUUUGGAAUUUUCUGGAUGAUCUGUCAUGUGAUUUUUUUUAUAACUCUGUGGGGAUUUCAUACAAAACUAAAUGACUGUCACAAGGUGUAUUAUACCCACCGUGCAGAGAACAACAGCCUUGACAGAGUUAUGGCAUCGAAAGGAAUGCGUCACUUCUGUUUAAUUUCAGAGCAGCUAGUAUUUUUCAGCCUUGUCGCCACUGCUGUUCUGGGGGCUGUUUCUUGGCAGCCAACCAAUGGGAUCUUCAUGAGUGCGUUUCUCAUCGUUUUGCCACUGGAGUCCAUGGCUCAUGGGCUUUUCCAUGAGCUGGGGAACUGCUUGGGAGGAACGUGCGUCGGGUAUGCGGUUGUGAUUCCCACCAACUUCUGCAGUCCUGAUGGCCAACCAACUCUUCUUCCACCUGAGCACGUGCAAGAGUUAAACGUGAGGUCCACCAGCAUGCUGAACGCCAUCCAGAGGUUCUUCGCCUAUCACAUGAUUGAGAUGUAUGGUUGUGACUACUCCACGAGCGGAAUGACCUUUGACGCCCUGCACUCCAAGGUCAAGUCGUUUCUUGAACUUCGGACAGCAGACGGACCCAGACACGAUACCUACAUUUUAUAUUACAGUGGUCACUCACAUGGCACUGGCGAAUGGGCGCUGGCAGGGGGUGAUGCUCUACGACUUGACACACUGUUGGAGUGGUGGAGAGAGAAGAAUGGCACUUUUUGUUCUCGACUCAUCAUCGUUUUAGACUGUGAAAACUCUCAGCCUUGGGUUAAGGAAGUAAGAAAAGUAAACGAUCAGUACGUUGCCGUGCAAGGGGCAGAAAUGGCCAGAGUUGUAGACAUCGAGGAAGCAGACCCCCCCCAGCUUGGUGACUUCACCAGGCAAUGGGUGGAGUACAACUGUAACCCCAACAGCAGCAUCAGCUGGUGUGAAAAAGGGCGCACGGUGAGAGCGGCGUACGGAGUGUCGAAGCACUGGAGUGACUACACCUUGCACUUGCCAACGGGGAGCGACGUUGCCAAGCACUGGAUGACGUACUUCCCUCGCAUCACCUACCCACUGGUACAUUUGGCAAACUGGUUCUGCGGGCUCAAUCUGUUCUGGGUCUGUAAGGCAUGCUUUAGGUGCUUGAAAAGACUGAAAAUGAGCUGGUUUCUUCCCACAGUGCUGGACACAGGUCAGGGUUUCAAACUUGUCAAAUCCUAA